AAAGGAAUAAGGAGAGUCUGCACUCUGCGGCCGGCAGUGGCGAACAACGGCGAAGCAUUUCAGUCAGGGAACGAAGUUCAAGAGAGAAGGUCGUCUUCCAAUUCUCAGAUUUCAGUUUCACAUUGCUAUCACAUUCUUGGGCAGUGUUUGACUACUGUGAUAACAGAAGAAUUCCCUCAAUGGCCGGCGAAUUGGUACAACUUUACAAUUCAAUAUUGAGGGAAAGAACGUCAAGUUAAAGAAAAAGUGAUUCGUCCAAAGUCUGAUUUUUGACCGGUUUUGCCCUCGAGCACUUACAUAAUCAGUCAAGGUUACACUUUCUUUCUUCAGCCAUGGAAUUGAAUCGAAACAAGAAAUUGAAUCCAAACCCCAGACUUAAAGCCAAUUUUCUUUCUGCCCUCAUAUUUUGGUGGGUGAACCCUUUCAUGGGUUAUGGAGCAAAGAAAGAUCUUGAAGUUGGCGAUCUGUAUGAUGUUAUGCCAGGUGAUCAUUCUGAAGAACUUGGGCUGAAGUUGCAAAAAGAAUGGGACAAUCAACUUGCAAAAUGCAAUUCAGACGGAAACAAAUCGAAGAAGCUCAGACCAAGCCUUACAAAAGCUUUGAUUAAAACAUUUGGACUAAAAUUUAUGUUAGUGGGCAUUCUAGUAUUUCUCGAAGAAUGUAUUUUUAAGAUUGGGCAACCUCUUUGUUUAGGUCAACUUGUUCAUUAUUUCGGGAGUGAUAACAGCACUAUUACCACAACGCAAGCUUAUCUUUAUGCGACGGGAGUAGUUCUGGGCUCUGCUCUCUACACCACCACCCAUCACCCUUUCUUUUUUUCCUGCCAACAUACUGGAAUGCAAAUCCGUGUGGCAGCAUGUUCACUUGUCUACAAAAAGUGUCUUCUGCUAAGCCAAAAGGCCCUAGGUCAAACAACCAUUGGUCAAAUGGUGAACAUCAUGUCUAAUGACGUCAAUCGCUACGAUUUUUCCGUCAUCUUCCUUCACUAUCUUUGGGUCGGGCCAUUGCAGACGUUAAUAAGCAUGGCUAUUCUGCUUCAUGUCAUCGGACCUUCGUGCCUAGUUGGACUGGCCGUGUUGAUCCUUUUCGUACCAUUACAAAGUUGGAUGGGUAAAGUGUUUUCGAAGCUCCGACUUGAAACUGCCAAACGAACGGAUGAAAGGAUCCGGACAAUGAACGAAAUUAUCUCUGCAAUGAGAGUGAUCAAAAUGUACACUUGGGAAAAACCUUUUGCUAAAUUGAUUUCCGAUUGUCGCCGAAAGGAGAUUAACGUUAUUAGGAGAACUAAUUAUUUCCGUGCACUUAAUAUGAGUCUCUUCUUUACUUCGUCGAAGCUCAUUAUAUUCUUGACUUUCUUGGUAUUUAUUUUCACCGGGAACCAUUUGACCUCCGAAAAGGUCUUUGUGACUGUUUCCUUAUUCAAUAACAUUCGUCUUAUCAUGACGCUUUUUUUCCCCGGGGCAAUAACUAUGUCUGCCGAAGCUAGAGUCUCGACCAAACGCAUAGAAAAUUUCUUGUUGUUGGACGAAAUCGAAAAAAGUUCAAAGGCAAAACUCCGGCCAGCACUAUCUGAGUGUCUCAUUGAGUUGAAUCAGUUGACAGUCAAAUGGCCAGCUGCAGGGGAAAAAGAAGACAACACAUUAACUGAUAUUUCGUUCAAUGUCAGACCGGGUCAGGUUUUUGCCAUCGUCGGCCAAGUCGGUUGCGGCAAGAGUUCAUUAUUGAAUGUCAUCUUGGGUGAGCUGUCUCCUACGAAAGGAACCUGUCGAAUUGCUGGUAAAGUCGCUUACGCUUCUCAAGAAUCUUGGAUCUUUUCUGGAACGGUGCGGCAGAACAUUCUUUGCGGAUUGGAGUACGAUCUCAAACGCUACAAAAAAGUCAUCAAAGCCUGUGCUUUGGACAAGGAUUUUAACCUUUUUCCCAACGGCGACCAAACGACAGUGGGUGAACGAGGGGUCUCUCUCAGCGGCGGUCAAAAGGCGCGAGUCAACCUUGCUAGAUCGUUGUACGUGGAUGCCGAUAUUUAUCUUAUGGACGAUCCACUAAGUGCUGUAGAUACACACGUUGGUCGUCAUCUCUUUGACAAAGCCAUUAAUGGAUUCCUUCGUGAUAAAAUUCGAGUUUUAGUCACCCACCAGCUUCAAUAUCUAAAAGAUGUAGACCAGAUUCUAAUUCUCAAAGCGGGUCGUGUAGAAGCAAUGGGAUCCUAUAAAGAAAUCAGCAACAGCGGAUUGGACAUUGCAAAAACAAUUGAAGACGAAGAACCAGAUCAAGAAGAAGACUUAACGCGAUCCUUUUCCGAAUGUGAAAUUGAAAGUUCAAUUUCAAGAUGUGGAUCAAUUUCGAACUCUAUACGUCAACGUGGAGGAUCUGUUGCUUCAAGGUCUUCCGCCAAAGAGAAAAAAGAAGAGAAACCAGCAUUUGCUGAAGAAUCUCGCUCCUCUGGCAGUGUGUCAUUAAAAGUCUAUUGGGAAUAUUUCCGAUCAGGUGGCAGCUGCAUUUAUCUCCUCUUGUUUACUUUCACAUGCCUCCUCACCCAAAUCCUCUUUAGCGGGUCUGAUUAUUGGCUAACUUUAUGGACAAAUGCAGAGGAACUUCGUACAAGGCAAGGAAAUGUAUCCGAAAACUUGUCGUUCUCAAAUAUUACGGAAGCAGAUUUUUCCAACGUUACCGACGAAAUAAAAGAAAAUGGCCCUUUUUCUGGUGAAUGGUGGAAGGAGCCAGAUACGUACACUGGCAUUUACGUUUUUACUAUUCUCAUCGUCGGCGUAUUCAUAUUCUCAAUGAUUCGCACGAUUCAUUACUUCCUAAUGUGCAUGAUCUCGUCUAUCCAUCUUCACAAUCGUAUGUUUGAAUCGAUCAUCCGUGCACCGCUACUUUUCUUUGAUCAAAAUCCCGUCGGACGUAUUUUAAAUCGUUUCGCUAAAGACAUCGGAUGUAUGGAUGAAAUGUUGCCUUCAGCAUUCUUCGACGUCAUUACUAUUGCGUUGACAGCCAUUGGUAUUCUGUUCCUAGUUGGCCUGGUCAACCCAUGGUUAUUACUACCAAUUCUAUUUCUUUCCGUAAUUUUCGUCAAAUUUAGGCAAUUCUACUUAAAAACAGCCCGUGACGUCAAGCGUCUCGAGUCUACAACUCGGAGUCCUGUAUUUACUCAUUUAUCCUCAUCAUUGGUUGGAUUAACAACCUUAAGAGCUCACCAGUGUGAAGUUGUCUUUCAACAAAUAUUUGAUGAAUGUCAAGACGUUCACAGUUCAGCCUGGUAUAUGUUUUUAGCCACCACCCGAUGGUUUGGCAUUUGGCUGGAUUGGAUUUGCGUCACUUACGUUGCCUGUGUUACCUAUGCGUGCUUGGGACUUAGUACCUCUAUGACCGGAAGCGAAGCUGGGCUUGCCAUUUCUUCCGCAAUGGCUCUGACGGGUAUGUUCCAGUGGGGCGUAAGGCAAUCAGCUGAAGUGGAAAAUCAAAUGACUUCAGUCGAGCGUGUGAUUGAAUAUAGUAAAUUGCCCUCCGAGGCUGCUUUGGAUUCGAUCACAGGUAAGAAACCUCCAGAUACGUGGCCUUCGAGUGGUAACAUCCAAUUCGACGACAUGUCCCUUCGUUACACUGAAGUUGAUCAACCUGUUUUGAAGAACAUAACCUGUUUUGUUCGAGCCAACGAAAAGAUUGGCAUUGUCGGUCGGACCGGAGCAGGCAAAUCAUCGCUGAUCGCCUCUUUAUUUAGACUGGCAGAGCCAGAAGGACGUAUCAUAAUUGACGGCAUCGAUAGCAAAUCCAUUGGCCUACAUGAUUUACGGUCUAAGAUAGCAAUCAUUCCUCAAGAUCCUGUUUUGUUUUCGGGUUCCCUUCGUAAAAAUCUGGAUCCUUUCGGGCAGUACAGUGAUGAAGCACUCUGGAACUCGCUCGAAGGAGCUAAACUCAAGGACACAGUGAAAGAAUUAUCUGCAGGCUUAGAAGCAAAUAUGACGGAAGGAGGUGCGAACUUCUCCGUUGGUCAAAGGCAACUCAUUUGUUUAGCACGAGCCAUUUUAAGACAGAAUCGCAUUCUUGUUUUAGAUGAAGCCACCGCUAACGUUGAUCAAAAAACCGAUUCGCUAAUCCAGCUAACAAUUCGAGAAAGGUUCCGAGACUGUACUGUCAUGACGAUUGCUCAUCGUUUGAAUACAAUCAUGGAUUCCGACAGGAUAAUGCUGCUGGAUGCGGGUUACUUGAAGGAAUUUGGUGAGCCUGCUGUUUUAUUGGAAAACCCCAAAAGCAUGUUUUAUAGCCUAGUAGAGCAAACAGGACCUAUUGUUGCCUCUCAAUUAACAGAGCUGGCCAAGCAGGCUGCAGAAAGUAGGCGCCAGAACGGGAUAGACAACGUGAAUCAAACGAACGGAAUUAAUGGAAACUCAAUCCAUUACCUUUUGUGCCCUAAAGCUUCUCAAGAACAGGGAUUGGAUGAAUUAGACAUUGAAUUUACUGAGAAUUGCAAGUUGUGACCUACUUUUCCGUGUCUUUCUAGAAUAAUUGGCCGUUAAAGCCGCCAGUCUAUCGUUUAUAAAAAUUGAUAAUGGAAACCAGAUUAAAAUACAUUUAUGCUCGGUUUUAAAAUUA